GGUGUGCGCAUGUGCAGUGAGGUGCAGGCGCCGGCGUCGGCGCGAGCCCUGGGCAGCGACGAGAGCGCUUCCGCGGCGGGCUCAGACUCAUGAACAUUCUUUGAAAUCAGAGAAGUUGGCACAGUUGAGGAAAAAAUGACUUUUUCAUGAGCUUCUACAGAAUAUGCAAAAGAGCUAAGUGAGAUCUUCAAUGCUUUUGUCCAUGAAAGCUCUUAGAGAAGAUGGCUGAAAUAAGCCUAAAGGAAGUGGCUCUAAUAGUAGGUGUGGUGGCAGCUUGCUACUGGAACAGUCUCUUUUGUGGCUUUGUUUUUGAUGAUGUUUCAGCAAUCUUGGACAACAAAGAUUUGCAUCCUUCUACUCCAUUAAAAAAUCUGUUUCAGAAUGACUUCUGGGGGACUCCAAUGUCCGAGGAGCGGAGUCAUAAAUCUUACCGACCCCUCACAGUUCUCACAUUUCGCUUAAACUACUUGUUCAGCGAGUUAAAUGCAGUUUCUUACCACUUCCUAAAUCUCAUCUUUCACGGGGUGGUUUGUGUAGUCUUCCUCAAGGUCUGUAAGCUUUUCCUGGACAACCAGAGCAGCAUAGUUGCAUCCCUUCUCUUUGCAGUGCACCCAAUACAUACUGAAGCGGUAACUGGAGUUGUGGGCAGAGCAGAGCUUUUAUCAUCUAUCUUUUUUCUAGCUGCAUUUUUAUCAUACACUAAAUCUAAAGGACCAGAUAAUACCAUAGUGUGGACUCCCAUUGCAUUGACUGUGUUUCUAGUAGCUGUUGCAACACUGUGUAAAGAACAAGGAAUUACAGUGGUGGGGAUAUGCUGUGUGUAUGAAGUAUUUAUUGCUCAAGGGUAUACCUUACCAGUUCUGUGGGAUACAGCUGUUCAGAUUCUUCGAGGGAAGGGCAGUAUUCCUUUCUCCAUGCUCCAAACACUGUUGAAGCUCAUAGUCCUAAUGUUUAGUACACUGCUUCUUGUUGUUGUCAGAGUCCAGGUUAUCCAGUCUCAACUUCCAGUGUUUACAAGGUUUGAUAACCCAGCUGCUGUAAGUCCAUCUCCAGCAAGGCAGCUGACUUUCAACUACCUCCUCCCUGUGAAUGCUUGGCUUCUUCUCAACCCCUCAGAAUUAUGCUGUGACUGGACAAUGGGAACUAUCCCACUUGUGGAGUCUUUGUUAGACGUCAGAAAUGUUGCCACCCUUACAUUCUUUUGCUUUCUGGGAUCUUUGGUUGUCUUCAGUCUCCGAUAUCCUGGGGAUUCCUCCAAGACUGUACUGAUGGCACUCUGCUUAAUAGUGCUGCCGUUCAUUCCUGCAUCAAACCUAUUUUUUCCUGUUGGAUUUGUAGUAGCAGAACGAGUGUUAUAUGUUCCUAGCAUGGGAUUCUGCAUUUUAGUAGCACAUGGAUGGAAAAAGUUAUCAAAUAAAAGCAUGCUAAGAAAAAUUUCUUGGGUUUGUUUGACUGUGGUACUGUUCACACAUGCCUUGAAAACACUGCACAGAAACUGGGAUUGGGAAUCAGAGUACACAUUGUUUAUGUCAGCUCUAAAGGUAAAUAAGAACAAUGCAAAGCUAUGGAACAAUGUGGGGCAUGCAUUAGAAAAUGAAAAGAAUUUUGAAAGAGCUUUGCAGUUCUUCAUACAAGCCACACAAGUACAGCCAGAUGACAUUGGUGCUCACAUGAAUGUUGGAAGAACUUACAAAAACUUAAACAAAACUAAAGAAGCUGAGAAAUCAUACAUGAUUGCUAAAUCAUUGAUGCCACAGAUUAUUCCAGGUAAAAAAUAUGCAGCAAGAGUUGCUCCUAACCACCUGAAUGUUUAUAUCAAUCUUGCAAACUUAAUUCGAGCAAAUGAAUCUCGCCUAGAAGAAGCAGAUCAAUUGUAUCGACAAGCAAUUAGUAUGAGGCCAGAUUUCAAGCAGGCUUACAUCAGCAGGGGAGAAUUACUUUUAAAAAUGAACAAGCCUCUGAAAGCUAAGGAAGCUUACCUUAGGGCUCUAGAACUGGACAGAACCAAUGCAGACUUGUGGUACAACUUGGCAAUUGUUUACAUUGAACUGAAAGAUCCAACAGAAGCCCUGAAGAAUUUUAACCAAGCGCUAGAACUCAACCCAAUGCAUAAGCUGGCGUUGUUCAACUCAGCCCUGCUAAUGCAGGAAUCUGGCAAUGCUCAGCUUAGACCUGAGGCUAAACAAAGACUGUUAAAUUAUGUGAAAGAAGAACCACAGGAUGCAAAUGGUUACUUCAAUUUGGGUAUGCUGGCAAUGGAUGACAAAAAAGAUACAGAAGCAGAGGCGUGGAUGAAGAAAGCCAUAAAGUUACAGCCAAAUUUUCGAAGUGCUUUGUUCAAUUUGGCACUGCUUUAUUCUCAGACAGCAAAAGAAUUGAUGGCUUUGCCCAUCCUGGAAGACUUACUGAAAUACUACCCUGAUCAUACCAAAGGUCUAAUUUUGAAAGGAGAUAUCCUUAUGAACCAAAAGAAGGAUAUAGUUGGAGCAAAAAAGUGUUUUGAAAAAAUUUUGGAACUGGAUCCCAACAAUGUGCAAGGGAAACAUAAUCUUUGUGUAGUUUACUUUGAAGAACGAGACUUAAUAAAAGCAGAAAAAUGUUUGGUGGAAACUCUAGCACUGGCACCUCAUGAAGAGUAUAUUCAACGUCAUCUAAACAUAGUUAGAAGUAAAAUUGCAUCACUUAGUGCUCCGGAGCAGUCAUCAGUUCCAGCAGGUGAUACUGCCAUUGCUGCUGCAGAAGAAAAAAAAAAAUCAUUUCAGAAUUCAAAAGAAGUGAAAAAUGAGCAGAAACCGUCCCAAACAACAGCUGGUAACAUUAAAGGACAUUCAAAAAAUAAGAAACAAGCAGAGAAAAACAUUAUGGAAAAAAAAGAGACUCCCAAAAAAUCUACAAAAGAAAUCAAAGAUAUUGAGAAAAAGAGAGUUGCUGCUUUGAAAAGACUAGAAGAGAUUGAACGUAUAUUAAAUGGUGAAUAGCCUUUAUUAUGUCACAAUAGAGUAUGGGGGUGUACUGUUUUUAAUUGCUGUUUAAUAUAUAAACCAACUGGAAGUGAUUUCAGUAUUUUGCAGGUAGAACAAAAUGUUGACUAUCACUUAACAAGAAGCAGAACUCGCAGUAAUGUUUUAUGCAACAAAACUACAACUUUUAAAUACGAGGGGGGUGGAUGGAGAUUGAGGGAUGAUGGGCUGAGAACAAUUUUAAAUGCAGAAUCUUAAAAUUGAGAAAAUGACUCAAAAAUUAUUUGUAAGCCAGGGAUAUUCAGGAACGCCACUUUAAAAGACUCAGCAGAAGAACUGAGUGGAGGACUAAUGGGAUAAGCCAGGCACUACUGCCAUAAAAAUGUGUUUGUAUUAAUGUUUUCUACAUUUCCAUUUGCACAUCAGCAGUUUAAAUUUUCUAUACCUUUGUUCUACAUAGAAAAGCAUUUUUCUAUGUGUUAUUUCUUUCCAGAGCUGAGCAAAAAGUUAGUAAAAUGCCACGGGCAUGGUGUGUAUCCAUUAGACCAUAGGACAAUGCAGCAGCAACACUAAAAUUUUCAGUUGUGUUUUAAAUAUGGAAUGAUACAAUAAUUGUAUUUGUUCUUUACUUACUGCAAAGUUUUGUACGGUUUUACUUGAUAACUCCUAUGGUGCUCUUAAGAUCUUUAGAGUCUACUUUUACUUUUAAAAAAAAUGUGUGUUUUUUCUUCAACUAUCAAACAUCUAGUUGUUUGGGGUUUGGCUUUUUUUUUUUUUUUUAAUAAUAUGCUUUUUUCCAAAAAAGAGGGUUUUUUGUUUGUUUUUUCCCUCAGUUCAUUAAAUACUGGCAAAUGCACUUUUGGUAAGCAGUAUGCUAUGCAGUAGUUCUUGUGAACUGUGUUUCAAUGACUGUGGAUUGACUCCUUGGUGUAGGGAAUUCUUUGUUUAGUAUAAUGGAUUUACUGUUCAUUGGACAGAAUUUUUUGUCUCAUGAUUUUUUAUGACACUAACUUAAGAAUGAUUGCUUAGAGCAAUUUGAUAAUAUUUAAACCACUGAAUUUUGCAAUGUUUAAUGCAAGGAAAUUUGGAUAAGGUCCUUCCAAACACUAAGUUCUUCAUUUUGAUAAUUUGUCAUGAAUGUGUGCUUUUUAUUAAAUAUUUAUUUUGACUACUAAAAUAAUUCCAUUUACAUUUUGCCACUAAUACACCAUUUUUAUUUUCUACAUGACAUUAAUUUUUUUUUGUAAUUUCAGUGUUCCUUUUAUCUUUGUGCAAUGCAUAUUUUUUUUGUUCAUAUAUAUUGCCUAUUACCAAAACCUGACGCUUUGUGUAACUAUUGAGAAAGGAAAAGAGGAGAUUGGUUCAGUAAUAAUUCAAUCAUUAAAUCUAACUUUGCUCUUCA